GUAACGCUAGUCACACAACUAAGUAUUGACAGAAUUCAAAUGCUCGAAAUGCUCGCUUCCUAUUGGCCAGGGCCCAUCAGUUUAGCUCUAUAUCUGUCAGAUGCCGAAGCUCAAGAAUUCUUAAGGUUCCAGCAGGGUUCCGUUAUUUUGAGUGAGAGGUACAAUAUAGGGUACCAUGUUGUAUUCAAAGAUGGACACCACUAUCCAGUCAACCACCUAAGGAAUGUGGCCCUCAACAGCACCCUCACGACCUACGCCUUCCUAACCGACAUCGACUUCCUUCCCAUGCCCGGUCUCUAUGACGUCAUCGUCCGCCAUCUUGUUUCUACCACAUCCGGUUUCGGCGGUGCUGAUAGUCAUGCCCUGGUAAUACCGGCCUUUGAAACUGAACGGUACAAGCAGGAAUACCCGACGGACAAGCAGCAGCUUCUUCAGCUGCUAAUUGACAAGCAGCUCUUUACUUUCAGAUACCACGUGUGGCCUCAAGGACAGGCAGCCACGGAUUAUGAACGAUGGAAAACAAGUGAAGCGCUAUACAAGGUGGUAAGCUGGGAACCGAACUUCGAACCUUUCAUUGUUAUCGACAGAUCAGCCCCAAGAUACGACGAAAGAUUUGUAGGGUUCGGUUGGAAUAAGGUCUCUCACAUUAUGGAAGUUGAUGCUCAAAAUUAUGAAUUCUGGGUGGUUCCCGAUGCAUUUAUACUGCACCUGCCUCAUUCGCCUAGUUUGGACAUCGCUAAGUACCGGUCCAGUGAAUCCUACAGGUAUUGUUUGAGGCUCUUGAAGGAUGAAUUCUUGAAAGAUUUAUCUCUUCGGUACGGCAUCAAAGCUCUCAAAUAUUUGUCGCCAGAUGGAUGA